GAACCUUUGACAAAUCUAACAUUCGUCUUACUCCUUGAAUAGUUUUAAGCUGCUAAAAAGCCUCAGUUAGAAAUUAAGGGUGGUUGUUUCAGACAGUUGGGGUUGACGUUGUCAUGAAGAACAGAAGAACAGUGAGAAGGAACAAGAAUGGGACAGAAUCGAAGGUUGACAAAAAGAAAGUGGGUUAUAAGUUGUGCAGCAAUGGCAUCAGUUUCCUCGGGUCCUCGAACUGUCGAGGAGAUCUUCAAAGAUUACAGCGCUCGCCGUGCUGGAAUCGUUCGUGCUUUAACUUAUGAUGUGGAUGAAUUUUAUGGACUCUGUGAUCCAGAGAAGGAAAAUUUGUGUUUGUAUGGACACCCAAAUGAGACUUGGGAAGUAAAUCUUCCAGCUGAGGAAGUUCCACCUGAACUUCCAGAGCCAGCACUUGGGAUCAAUUUUGCUAGAGAUGGAAUGAACCGAAGAGAUUGGCUUUCACUAAUUGCAGUGCACAGUGAUUGCUGGUUGCUCUCUGUGGCUUUCUACCUUGGAGCCAAGCUAAACCGCAAUGAAAGGAAGCGCCUGUUCAGCUUGAUCAAUGAUCUGCCAACAGUCUUUGAAGUUGUGACAGAAAGGAAGCCUGUAAAAGACAAGCCCAAUGCUGAUAGUGGAAGCAGAUCUCGUGGCAGCACAAAGAGAUCAAGCGAUGGUCAGGUAAAAAACAAUCCAAAGCUGGCAGAUGAAAGUUACGAAGAAGAUGAAGACGAACAUAGUGAAACUCUAUGUGGGAGCUGCGGUGGAAAUUACAAUGCAGACGAGUUCUGGAUCGGUUGUGACAUCUGCGAGAGGUGGUUCCAUGGGAAAUGCGUGAAGAUUACUCCUGCUAAAGCUGAAAACAUCAAGCAAUAUAAAUGCCCUUCUUGCAUGAAACGGGGCAGGCAGUAGUGGUUAUUAGAUGAACCAAGAAUGAAAACUGUUUGUACGGUGGCUGACAGACAAAGUAGUGUAGCGAAUAUUACCUUUGAACUCUCUGUAGUGGAUAUGUAUGUUGUGUCAAUAACAGUUUUCUUAUCAAGGAUUCAAGUCUUUCUUCUACA